UUGUCCCAACAGCUUGAAGGUGGAGUGCAUACCGGCUUGACCAGAACGCACUUGAAAGCGGGGGGCAUACCAGUGGAUGAGGGACGCAUCUGGGGAGGGUAGCGCGUGCCAGCUUGACCCGGGCGCACCUGAAGGGAGGCGCAUACCAGCGGAUCGAGGACGCACUUAGGGAGGCGGGGUAAUUCCCUGACGGAUCAAUGACAGCCAAACGAUGACAAGUUGUGGCCAGCAGUCCUUGAAUGUGCUCACGGUCAUUGUCUCCUUGCUGUUCUCAGCAGUGCUGUCCGCACACUUUAGAGUCUGUGAGCCGUACACCGACCACAAAGGACACUACCACUUUGGCUUCCACUGUCCCCGGCUUUCUGACAACAAAACCUUCAUCUUGUGCUGUCACCAUAACAACACGGUCUUUAAAUACUGCUGCAACGAGACAGAGUUCCAGGCAGUGAUGCAGUUGAAUCUCACCAGGCAAUCCGAAGGCUACAUGCAUAACAAUUACACAGCCCUGCUAGGCGUCUGGAUCUACGGCUUCUUCGUGGUCAUCUUGCUGGUGUUGGACCUCUUGUAUUACUCGGCCAUGAACUACAAUGUCUGCCGGGUUUACCUGGCCAGGUGGGGCAUCCAGGGCGCGUGGAUGAAGCAGGGGCCGGGCCGCUGGAGUAAGUCGGCUCAGGGUCGGAGUCCCGCUCAGCCUCCUUCUCCGGGGUCGGUGCCCCAGGCCGCCGCUGCCUCGACCUCGGCCUCUGCGGCGCCCCCCUCCCAGGCAACACACACUCUCAGAGGAGACACGCUAAGCGCACCGCCGCUGAUGUCCUUCCCGAGCUCCUCUGCCUGAAAAACUUCCUGCUGUGCCUCAGGACGAGAGAGGGGAGAUUCCUGAAGCGCGUCCAGAAGGAAAGACAUCCAAGGGGACGGAAGGGCCAGCUAAGCGGGCGGUGACCGGGCACCUGCCUCUGUGUGACCCUUCAGCUGACUUAGGAAGUGAUACUCUACCGUGAAGAAGGGUGCCCAGGACUGCAGUCCAUAAGCAAUAUUCCCAUUGUAGACUGAGGCCCCCUGGAAAGCCGGUGUCCCAUUUACCCAGGGACCGUUGGCAGGAGCAAGGUCCACGCUGGCUCUGGCCAGACCAAAGGGAAGAAGGAUCACGAAUGGUUCAAGUCACCCUCCUCUGCCUUCCCAAUCUGCAGUAGUCGCCAAAUCAAGCUUAAUGUAAAUGUCAGAAUAUUGAAUGUGAGUUGGUUUGUUGUUGGGUUUUUUUCCUAACCCAAAGUUCUCCAGUGAAUGGCUCUCUAAGUAUGGGAGGGGUUAGCCAGCUGGUGAUCAGCCAAGGUAUCUGACCAUCAAUCCAUGGAUGGGGAGGGGAGGGGGUCCCGCAAUGGUACUGGAGCCAGGAGCCAAGCCCAUUGUUUCACUUCCUGGGGGACUUGAAUUUGAAAGGACAAAUAAGGAUGGAUUCCUACAACAUCCACCCUAGAUACAGAAAAUAGUCAGUAGAGAUCUGUGGUGGUCUCUGUGAAUGUCCAGCUCAAGCAUUGAUCAUCAGGGCUUACCAGUGACCAAGUCACAGAAUAAUCCAAUCACAUCAUUCCUAAUUCUCUGGCUUCCUGGAUUGCCGCAACAUAGAAUGUUUGAGCUAGAAGGUACCUUACAGAUAAUCUAGUCUGACCCCUGUGUUGAGUAGAAGGGGAAACUGAGGCUCAGAGCUAUUUCAGGGUGAUGGAAACAGGUCAGCGAUCGGUGACAUUGGCUCACAUUCCUAUAACCCUUUAAGGUUUGUGGAAUGCUUCCCUCUUGACAGCCUUGUGAGGUGGGUUAAGUAUGUGGAGAGUUUAAGUAAUUUGCCCCAGGUGAGGGUCACACAACCAGGAAGCGCUGGAGUGAAGACCCAAAGCCAGCUCUCCAGACUCCAAGCACAGUUCUGUCUCCAACAUAUCAUGUGGCCUCCAAGUGUUUUUCUUCUUUUUAAUUGAAUUGAGUUAAAUCUCCCAAUUAUGGGAUACCAAAUUCUGGCCUUCAAUUUCCAGAAAGAACUCUGCUUGAAAAAAGAGUGUGUGUGUGUAAAUGUCCGUGACAAAAAUAGAUGCAAUUAGAGUCGGUUCUACAAAUGCUUAAGUGUAUGCUACAAUAAUAACAGUGCGCAUCCGAUCAUUGAAAAGCACAUCCAUUCUCUCAGUCCUUCAUCACCCCCACGAGAAAACCAGGACUGCCCUGUUAGCCCCAUUUCGCAAAUGAGGAAACUGAGGCUCAGGGGAGACCAUGGCUGCCUCAGCCUUCCCGUCUCCAUCAUGGUCUUGGGAGAUCAAUGAGUAACCUCGAAGAAAACUAGAUGAACUGUCUCGUUCAUCCAAGUCCUUUAUCAAGUCUGUAUAACUGUGGGUAGAAAUCCUAGUGAGGGCCAGCUGGGCAUGACUCGCUGAGUCUCCCCCUCCCAUCUGAACUCACAUGAUCCAUUCUCCUCCACCCUAUGAUAUUGACAGGCAUUGCUGCCCUCCAGCAUCUCUCAGCCCCAAAUGUCACUCAGUCACCUCACCCAUGUGUCCCACCUUCACUGUUGUCCACCUUUAUUUUGCAUCCCUUUACAUGCAUCAGCAGGGCCUCCUGCCUCGGUCUCUGGCCAAAGCUUAACACCCUCCAUACACUUCCAAUCUAGGUCUGGUGGCCCUUUUGUCUUUUAGCAGUGGCUAUGAUUCUGCUUCAUUAUUCCCUGUUUCCUUCUCUCUCUGCUAUUCCAACGUAGAGAAACAGUCAUCAUGGUUUUUAGAAUUUAGCUUCAUUUCCUACCAAGCAAAAAAUAGGUAGGGAAGGGGAAGGCGGCCUUCGGGGCUUCCUUUAACACCCCCCCCAAGGCCCAUUCCAGGACCUGAGCUGAUUCUUGCCCAACUCAGUCACUCCCCUUAGCCCCCCUUAGAGAAGGAGUCCCAUCACUCUCCUAACUCAAAAAUUAAUUGCUCCCCUUUACCUACCACCUCUACCUGUUGUCCAGGCCCAUUGCAAUCUUUCCUCAGUCUGCCUUACCAGUUCUCUCUCUCAUUCUCCCAUUCAAGUCCCCAAACCUACCUUAUUUUCUGCCAUUCCCUUUCCAUCGCCCUAGAAUCUAGACAAACUGGACAACUUACCUUUUCCCAAGCUAGGUCUUGAAGGCUGGGUAAGAUCUGGACAGGUAGAGAUGGGAGUAAAUGGCAGCGGUCUAGAGGCAGAAAAGGUGGCAGAGCAGAAAUCAGUGGGCUUGAUUUGUAGUCCUCCCUCUGUGAACCACCCCCUUGGGACUCAGUUUCCCCAUCUGCACACUUACAGUGUUAGACUAGCUAGUCCCUGGGUUCCCUUCCAGUUCUCCUAUUCUAGGCUUUUCCAUGUCAAUCACUAUAAAAGUAUGAGUUCCCAACCCAAAGAAUGAGUUGAGAUGAAAUAUGUGACUUUGCUAAUCACAGUUCUAAAGUGGCUCCCAGGGUUAUUUUGAAAUCUAUACAGUAAAUUCUGGGAAUUAAUCAUGGUCAGGAAAUGGGGACUUUCCAAAGAAUCCAAGAUUCUGGUUAAUAGUGAGUCACCAGACAGACCCCACACACUUUAUCAGCCUUUAAAGAGUUUCAAUAGAAUGUCUUAAAAAUCCACUGGGAACUGAAACUAUGGAAUUAGCAAUUAUGAGAAUAUAAAACUGGUGUUUAAAUGUGCUAGAAGCAAGGUCAUAGAUGAGGCUGGAAAGGCCCUUAGGGGUCAUCUACUGGGCAUGGCCACACUCUCCCCAGAGGGAGUGGUGCUCAAAAUCCUCAAGGAAGGCUCCCUUUCCAGGGAGCUCACUGAGCUGUUCUAGCCCUCCUCAUCAACCCUCUAGAUACAAAUGGGGAAACUAAGCCUCAGAGAAGUCACAUGCCUAACUCCAGGUCCCACAGGUAGUCUUGAACAUGUAAUGUUAGAUAUGAACCUUAGAACUGAAACUGGUUUAAUGGAUAAAGACCCCAGGGAGGGCUCAGGAAGACCUGGGUCCAAGUGUCACUUCUCACACAUGCUAUCUGCAUCACCCUGGGCAGAUUGAACCCUGCCCCCCAAAACCAGAUUACUGGAGUCUGAAAGACUGGGUCUCAAUUACUACCUGUGUGACACCUCCCUGUGGAAAAUCACUUCAUCUCUCCAGGCCUCAGUUUCCCCAGAUCCCUCCCUUCAGGCUCUAGACCUGUGAUGUCAUCAGCAUCGAAUGUCAGAGUAGGGAGAGGAGAGAGACCUCGGAGUACCCUGAUUGAUUCGGACCCCAUGUUAUCAGACUUUUCCCUAACCCUAUACCAAGUGCAUUAAACACUUUAUCGUGUUUUUCCCUUAAAACAACCCGAGUUCUGGCUGUGCCGACUAUGACUGUGACGUCACCUUUCUUCACUCAGCAAGACCCUCCCUGCUUACAUUCUACGGCAAUUCAGGAAGCAUUUUGAGAACUGCCCGUAGCUCAGGGUUACCAGGAAGAAUGUGCGGAUGGACGCCAGCUUCCAGGCACUGCCACGCCCAGGUGAUAGAGGGCGGAGCCUUGGACCGCUGCCCAAGCUACCCGCUCUCUCGUCUCCCCUACUGUGAGCUCCUGUCCCAUCACUCAGUCCUUCGUCAGAAGAAAAAAAAUGGUAACGCCACCAACGAAGCUCGUGUCCACAAAGAACUUUGUAUCCAAUCCCGAUAUGUGUGAUUUACUGUAUUUGUAUGGGUUUUUUCCUCUGGGAAUAUUGUAUGUUAUUGAUGAGCAGUUCUAUGCUUUUUUGCUAGCCCCAUCCCCCGCCCCCGUAUCCUGUACUUGGUGCGUGUUGUGGACUCUCUGUACUGAGCCAAUAGUUGGUAGGUGCCCACUGGCUUGUUCAGUCUCUUCCGCUUUAGCCACACCUCACCCACCCGGAGGGAGAGGGCCAGGUCUUCAGCUGCUCUCAUCACAAAUCAUCUGGAAAUCUCAUCUUUUGAGCGUGAACCUUUGCUAUUGACUAAGAUCAGCAGUAAUCCGUUAGUUUAAAAACACACGUGUAUCUUGCAGAUAGAUUCCCAUACCCACCCCAAGUCCCCACCACCAUGACACUCUGGGGCAACAGCAGGUGAAUGGUAUGGCCGCCCUCGGGGCUUCGAGGUCUCUGCUCACCUGAUGGAUGCAGGCAAUAUAGAAUCUGGAUUUGCUUAAAUCCAGAUGCUGGGCCGGAAAGAGAGUCGUUCAUUCUCUCAGCUCAGGGCCUGCCCAUCAGGGUCCCCUGCAGACUCGCACAAGCCCCCCCAAUAUUGGGGUGCUGGCUGAGGUAGAAUCAUCAAUCCCAUGAUGACACGGCAUCUUUGGGCUACAAAAAGCACUUUGCAGGCAUCAUCUCACUGGAUCCUUGCAGUGGCCUCGAGAGAUAGAGGGUCCCAUGAUCUAUCUACACAUUUUGCAAGUGAGGAAACAGAGGGAAGGGAAGGGACUUGCCCAGGUCUUGAGGUUGGUAAGUGACAGAGUCGGCACUCGAACCCAGGUCUUUGGACUAGUAGGCCUGACUCUGUGGAUCUUCUAGCUUCUGCAGCUUGCUUUCUCUCCCCAUGGUCCCGUCCAUCUCCUCACCUCUGUCAGAGGAGACCGGAACCCAAAUUCAUUCAGAUGAGGUGUUGGAGGGGGGCACCUCCCUUACGGUGCCCCCUCCCUCCUUGGCUUUCCACCUCACCCCCUUUACACAGAUCAUCAGGAGAUGCUCAUUGAAAACGUCGCACCCCUGACAAUCCAGACCUCCCACUCUCCGGUGGCGCCAUUUCCAGCAUACGCCUCAUGUUAAUUAAUUAACAGGGUACUUAAGAGCAACAGUUUCCUGACUGACUAGCGAUGGACUGAUGUCUAAUGACUCCACAGUCAUUACACUCUUACUCACACUCUUACGGAUCCGCGAACCACAGAAGGUCGUGAGCAAAUGGCUGACGGAGCCGAUGACAUCUCCCUUGACCGCCCCCCGCCCCCAGAUAACUCUCCGAACAGCAAGACUCUCCCAUCAGACAGCUCGAUGUUUGGGCGAUACCGUGCCAAACUCUGGAAUCACAGAGAUCCCUUAGUCCAGCCCCCACCUGAACCACAAGUCCAGUCUUUAAGACCCCUUACAGGGGUUUGCUACGUGGAUACACCCAGUGAUGGGGAGCUCACUACCUGUGCAGGUAACCAAUUUCACUAUUAGAAAGUUCUCAUUGUUCUUUCUUCUCGAGCUAAAAUCUGCUUUCUAGAACUUUUUGCAGUUACUACUAGUUCUACCCUCUGGGGCUAAGCACAAGCCGAAUCCCUCUUUCCCCUAACAGUUUUUUAGAUACUACCAUCAUCUCCCCUUUAAGUCUUUUCUAGGCUAAAUACCCCCUAGUUUUUCUGACUGAUCCCCACCAUCCAGGUCACUCUCCUUUGGGCACUCUCGAAUAUACCAAUGUCUUUUUCAAAUUAAUGCGUCCUAAACACAGUAUCUAUCCAAAUGUAUCCUGACCAAGAAAAAGGACAGCAGGAUUCUCCCCAGUCCUGGAUACUACAUCUCUCUUAAAACAGCCUAAGAUUUCAUUAGUUUUCUUGUCUGAUUCAUAUUACUUUGGUAGUCCACUAAGAACCCCCAAUCGUUUUCACUCUAACUAUUGUCUGGCAACAACUAUAUUUCAAUCAUCUGUAUUUCAGGGCAUGGCAUAAAUGUAGCUAUGUUCUAGGCAUCUGCCCUCCAUUGUAACAUACACCUCCACAAUAGAAUCCCUUUGAUCUGAUGAUCAAAUUUUCCAUUCUGGACUUGAUCAGAUCUGAGGACCCCAAGAGGAAAGUUUAGGGAGCAGUGUGGAUAGAAAGUACAAGUUUAUUACUUGCAAUCUAUUACACAGGAGUCCCCUAAAACAUCUUUGGCACAGAACAGUGGUCACAGAAUAUCAAUACCUACCCAUAAGAUCCUUGGAGGAAAGGUGGCAGAAGGAUAUUCCUGAGGCAAUGGAGCACUUUAUCCUGGGAGAGGAUAGAAGCUUAGUUGUAGAGGAGAGGGGGCUAUUCAUGGGUACCAUGGUCCAUGUCUAUUUUAUACACUUACCAAGGAAGGGUCGGCACAGGUCAAAAUUCAUGACUCACAUAGCUAGCCAACAAUCUAGCGCUCACAGAAUGUCUGAGCUGCAAGAGACUGGGAACACGAAGCUGGGGAAGUUCUGGCAAUGGCUCUGCCUGAAGCAUUACAGCAGCCCUAGGCAUGAGUGAGACUCGAGAUUAGGGCAUGGUCUGACCCACAGUGGGGAUAUUCAGACAAGUUGUUUCUCAAUCUCCAGAAAACCAAAACAUGCUUCCAGUAUCAAGCCCAGAUGCACAGCUCUGCUAAGGCACAGGACAAAGGCAAAUGGUGCCUGGAGCCCAUUGGUUUCCAACUGGCUCAUUCCAUCGCCCAAGAGUCCACCUCUACUGAAGCCUCCUAAGAGUGGGAGAUGCUAUGGUGCAAUGGAAAGAACCCAGGCUUAGGAGUUAGGAGACCUGGAUUCUAAAUCUGGCUCCGCCCCUAACUCUUUCUGUGGCCUUUCCUCUCCAGGCCCUCUGUUGUCUUGUCUAUAAAAGGAGGUGAUUGAGAACAAACACACCAUGGAAUCCUAGGGCUUGCCAAAACCCUCCUAAAUCUGGUUCUGCCGACAGAUUGGAAGCCCUUCCAUCCCUGAUAUGGGGAGUAUAUUUAUAUUCAGAGUGGGGAAGAACAAGAACUUGAUGGCAAAGAAACUUCAUUCCUUGAUGAGAAAGAGUGGCAUACAGUCUACACAGGCAUGGCCACAAAUGGGCUCUGAAAGGGUCAAGAAUUCCUAACCAAUCCAGGAGCAGAGUAUAUGAUGGGAAGACCCCAAACCAGCUGACACAAGCUACAAGCAGAACACUGAGCCCAAACAUGUCAAGAUAUAAUCCUUUGUCAGAAUCACAGCAUACCAAUUGACGCAGUUUUAUGUGACCAUGUUAGUUCCUGGGUCCUCACAGUGCCAAGAACUUGUGUCCCCACCCACCCCUCCAGGGCAGGGACUGUCAUUUUGGUCUUUACAUUUCCCCCUUGCUCCCACAGUGCCUGACACGGGAGGCAUUUCAUUGAUGUUUGUUGCAUCAAAUCGAAUUAAACAUCAAAGAUUUUAGUCAUUUCUGACAUCCAUCAGUAAUGAACCUCUGGCAUCACAAGUCAUUUCUUUUAAGACUUAUACCACUGUGCCAGUCCCUACAUGGUUGUAUACCCAACCACGGGUUGGCAGCCUAGUAGCAGCUCCUCUCCACAAAUUUGGAUUCACCUUCAAUAAGAAUAUCGCAUAAGAGUCAAAGGGUAGCAUCUUAUGUGUAGACAGCCGCAUUUGGGAACAAAAAUGAUGCAUAGAACAAGAUACAGAUGGUGUCACUGUGCUCCCUUGCCAUCACUGGCAACAUGGCACCAGUCAAGAAUGCAGAUUCCAUAACAUAGCUAGUAAUGAAUGUUUUGAAGGUUUGAAUUCUUUGGUGCAAUUAGACGUGCCACUGCUAUUAAAAUUUCUCCUUGGACUGUAUCCCAACCUGGUGAUGGCAUCGAACCCUUGGCAAAGAAGACACACUCAGACCUGCCCUGGGCACUCUGUCCCUCUGAAAAUGGCAGGGAUGACUGUGAAGGGAGCUUCCAUGGCAGCUACCUCACCUUGCUGUGUUCACACACAAAAAGGAGAGGGAAAUUGGUUUCCUACAUAAGUAGCUGGCAUGUUGGCCAAGUUUUCUGUCUUGGUCUGUCUGACUGACCCAACCCUUUACGAACAAAUAAAGUGUUGAAUGAGGUCAUCACUAAGGUUCGUAGACUCCAAAACUAGAAGGAAAUAGGGAGAUCAUCUAGAACUCCCUGUCAUUUUACAGAGAAGAAAACUAGCCCAGAGAGUGAAGGGGACUUGUCCAGAGUCGCACAGGUUGUAAGCAAGCUGAAAUGGGAACCUGGGGUUCUCCUAACUCUAAUCUUGCUAUUCCAACAUGGCUCCUCUAGCUCUGAAAUUCUAUGAUUCCUGUUACACAUAUCAUAGUUUCCAAACCUGGCCAUUCUUGGCCAAAUUGGUUCAAGUUGUUGAAAUAACUGUCAAUAAGGAUUUGGCCCUUGGAUAAUACCAAGACAAAGAUUUCCCACUUAGAGGGUUUUUUUUUUUAAGUCAGAUUACAUAGCAAACUCUUAAAGUUAAAUGAAAUUGGAUCUUAGAACCAAUUGAAUUUCUUUAGCAGUUGAGUUGAUCACAUUAGGGAUUAGCCAGGAAUAAUUCUUUUGUGUCCUCACCACCUCCUAUGGUGUCAUUCUGUUCAUCAUUUUCCCCAGAAGUUUCUGUUUCAGAGCUAAGGAAAUGUCUCAUAACUCGAUAAAAUAACUGAUGGAGUCCAAGGUGAGAUUACUUGCAAUAAUUGAGAGAGAAUUAAAGGACAAAGAGUUUAUCUAUCUUCUUUAGUUGGAAAUAUCAGUCUCCAAAAGCAGUCUGUUUUCCUCUGUCCCCUCUGCUGACUGGGGAUGGGCUGAUCGGGUUGCGGUCCAGUGCUUUGGUCUCUCUCUUAUCAACCUGGGAUGGGCUCAGUCAUGGGGUGUUUCAAAGAAACGGUGUCCGGGAAAACCAAAUACUAAGAAAUAGGAAUAACAAUAGGAAUAAUAAUAACCACAUGUUCUACACUGAGCGUUAUUGCGCUGCUUUUGUCUUUCUAUACUGUAGUUUUUAUAAAGAUGUCUUUUGGUUUUAAUAAAUGAGUGUGAUGUCAA